UGGAUAAUUAAGCAACCAAAUCUAAUUAAGAAACGGUAAACCAAAUCCUCCCUCCUCCUUAAAACCCACGACACCAACGGCAAAAAAAAUAAAAUUAAAAAGCCCAUCCCCCCUUCUCCUGACCCGACCCGCUUCCUUCACUCUCUCUCUGUCUCUCUCUCUCUCUCUCACUGCGGGGCUUACGCAGAGACAGACGGUGUGUUUACACUACUGGCACUUUGAUCUCUUCUGCCCUUCCCCUUCGAUCUUCUUUUUCUUACAGCAAUGGCCGCUUCUUGCUGAAUUCUUUUCUUUCCGGGCAAACGAAGAUUUCCGAUUUUUUGCCACUUCUUUUCAUCUUUCGGGGGUAUUGGGUUCCUUUCUUCUCCUCCAAAAAUGAUGGUGCCGGCAAAGCGGCGGUUGAGGGCCGUGGCGGUGAUGAGGAAGAUGAUAACGUGCGCCAUUUGCGCAUUCGCGAUGGUGGCCGUGCUCUCCGUACACGUGCACGUUCAGGUCUUCCCUUCCAGAGUUCCCGUAUUGCCUGAUCCUUACAAGCUCCCCACUACCACCACUCAGAAGGGCAGGACUGAACAGCAACAGAGCUGGAGUAGAGAGGUUGUUCCACCCCAUUCCAAGGCACCAAUUGGUCCUCACCAGAUUCGACAGUUGGAAGGUAUUAAUGCUGUACCUGCUCUGAAGCUAUGGAAGCCUCCGCCGAAUCGUGAUUAUUCUCCCUGCGUGGAGCCUAGUUCGAACUAUACAGGCAAGCAUACACCUUUUUUUUGUGCUCCUGGAGAGUCUAGUGGUUACCUAUUAGUUCAUACAAAUGGCGGGCUUAACCAGAUGAGAGCCGGGAUUUGUGAUAUGGUUGCUGUUGCUCGUAUCAUUAAUGCCACUCUUGUGGUUCCUGAGCUGGAUAAAAAUUCUUUUUGGCAAGACACUAGCAACUUUUCAGAUGUUUUCGAUGAGGACUAUUUCAUCAGUUCUCUGGCUAGUGAUGUUAAAAUUGUGAGAAAACUUCCCAAGGACAUGUUGGGCGUCACUAAAGCAGUUAAGCAUUUCAGAAGCUGGUCUGGGAUGGAUUACUACCAGGAAGAGAUCACUAGCCUUUGGGAAGAUUAUAAGGUUAUUCGAGCUGCUAAAUCAGAUUCCCGCCUAGCAAAUAAUAAUCUUCCUCCAGAUAUCCAGAAGCUACGUUGCCGCGCAUGCUAUGAAGCUCUCCGGUUUUCACCUCAAAUUGAAGCCAUGGGAAAAUUAUUGGUGGAUCGAAUGAGAGCUUAUGGUCCUUAUAUUGCCUUGCAUUUGCGAUAUGAGAAAGACAUGCUUGCAUUCAGUGGGUGCACACAUGGUUUGUCUGCUUCCGAAGCUGAGGAACUGAAGAAGAUCAGGGACGACACGUCUUACUGGAAAAUCAAAGAUAUUGAUUCUGAGGAGCAGCGGUCCAAAGGCUAUUGCCCCUUAACUCCAACAGAGGUUGCUAUGUUUCUUACAGCUCUUGGGUACCCAUCAAACACACCCAUAUAUAUUGCUGCUGGGGAAAUAUAUGGUGGUGAUGCUCAUAUGGGUGAACUCUUGUCCCGCUAUCCUUUAUUAAUGAGCAAGGAAAAAUUGGCUUCAGUUGAAGAGCUUGAACCAUUUCGCAAACACGCUUCUCAAAUGGCGGCUCUCGACUAUAUUGUGUCUGUCGCAAGUGCUGUCUUCAUCCCAACAUACUCUGGUAACAUGGCAAGGGCAGUUGAAGGUCAUCGUCGUUAUCUAGGACACAGAAAAACCGUGUCACCAGACAGGAAAUUGCUCGUUCGUCUUUUUGACAAAGUUGAAAGGGGGAAAUUGAAAGAAGGCAAAAAUCUUGCUACCCGUGUCAUCGAACUGCACAAGAAACGGCAAGGAUCCCCAAGGAAGAGGAAAGGACCCAUCUCAGGAACUAAAGGCAUGGAUAGGUUUCGUUCGGAAGAAGCGUUCUAUCAGACAUCCCUGUACAGCCAAGCCAGGAUAUCUCCCAAAGUUGAGGAUGAGCAGCAACCAGAGGGAGGGACAGCAGAAGCUGGUUGUGGGUCCGGGGGGGAUACGGAAUCAUCAUCAAGCCACAGAGAGAAACAGGCAGCAAUGGGAGUUUCUUUCUUGACAACUGUCGCGCCUUCUCUGGUCCAUCUCACAUCUUUGAGCUCCACCAGUAAUGCUGCUUCAUCUAGAUCUCUUCCAGGUACUACUACUGCAGCAAUUCGGUGUAGUAAAAUUGAGACGGAUGGAGUUGGUGGUGGAGAGGGCAUUUUCCAUAUCCAGAGAAGACAUGUUUUAACAUGCUUUGGUGCUACUAUUGCCCUGGAACUCGUGGGAAGCUCAGGGUCCCUUGUUGAAAUGGCUACCGCCGCUGAUCUCAUCCAACGCAAACAACGAUCCGAAUUCCAGUCCACUGUAAAGAGUACACUCUUCACUGCAAUAAAGGCAAAGCCUGAAAUCAUUCCAUCAUUGCUGACAUUGGCCCUCAACGAUGCCAUGACGUAUGACAAGGCUACCAAAACUGGAGGACCAAACGGAUCAGUACGAUUCAGUUCAGAGAUAAACAGACCUGAAAACAAGGGACUGUCUGCAGCCUUAGACGUACUAGAAGAAGCGAAGAAGGAGAUUGAUUCAACCUCCAAGGGUGGACCUAUCUCCUAUGCAGACCUUGUCCAGUUUGCAGGUUUUGUUGUAUGAUAUUACUAGCAACUACAUAAAUUGGAUAGCUCACAAAUUUGCAUUCAACCUGCAAUUUUUUGCAUCAUUCCUAAUCAUGCGACUAACUAUGCUUCUUCGGACAGCACAAAGUGCUCUCAAGGCUACAUUCCUAGCAUCAGCAAUCCGCAAGUGUGGUGGAAAUGAAGAGAAAGGGUCGCUGUUGUACUCUGCAUAUGGCUCAAAUGGGCAGUGGGGGUUAUUCGAUAAGCAGAUGGGCAGGGCAGAUGCAACAGAACCCGAUCCUGAAGGCAGGGUUCCUCAAUGGGAUAAAGCCACUGUGCAGGAGAUGAAAGACAAGUUCUCAGCAGUCGGACUAGGUCCUCGCCAGCUUGCGGUCAUGUCUGCAUUCCUGGGGCCAGAUCAAGCUGCCACUGAGGCUAUGCUGGCUGCAGACCCUGAUGUGGCACCGUGGGUCCAGAAGUACCAGCGCAGUCGAGAGACUGUGUCCGAGACAGAUUACGAGGUGGAUCUCAUUACAACCCUAACCAAAUUAAGCAGUCUGGGUCAAACGAUCAACUACGAGGCCUACUCCUACGCUCUGCCGAGAAUUGAUAUCACCAAACUCAAACUCUAGCUCGGGAAAACAACUUAUUCCAACCAGGCAGGAACAACAGCAUUCAACAGCAGAGAGUUAAGAUUGUUGGCUAACCGUCAGUUUUGGAGCUGAGAUAUCAUCACUUGUCAGCUCCACAAGACUUGCAGAGCUGUUAUUUUCGUCUUGGAUGAUGAAUUUGUAUUGAUAGAUUUGGGAAUUGGGAUACAUGACUUGAUGUUGAGACGAUGAAUUUAAGAGACUGAAAGCCAACAUGGAUUAAACAAGGUGUCUUGCUGAAAUCCACCGUCCAAUUUUACUCAUUUGCAAGCGU